AUUAAGUACUAUUACGUUUUCGUUUUUCCUUAACUCUUAAACUCUUUAUUCAUCCAUAACAAAAACGACCCUUCUGGAUUUUUAUCUCUUUCUAGGAAAAUAGAAAAGAUACUUUAACAUCUUUAAUUUUUGUUUAAUAAAUUUUGAUGCCUUUUAACAAACCGUAUAAAUAUGUAUCCUCGUUCGAAUUGGACAUUCCUUAUUAUAUAAAAAGAAAACAAGCAAUAAAAUACUUAAAAAUAUCGUCGUCUUCGUUGUUACUAUAACAGCUGAAUCAUAUGGAACCAUGUGAAUCAACGACUAAAAUGAAAUAAGUGACUGAUAAAAAUAUCUGCUGAUAGCAACGCAAAAGUAAUAUUAAGAUAAGAAAUACUUCUCACAAAAAUUUUUUUUGUAAAACGUUUCAAUUUUCAUUUGUUCCAUGUGAAGGUUCAUUGUGAUAUCAGUUUCACCAUAUUACGAGUCUUAUUUCUGACUGUUAGCAUAUGUUGUUAUUUAAAUAAACCAAAAAUUAUCACUGCUCGUUUAUAUUACAUAUGACAAAGCAACGUAAUUUGAAACUUCAUCCGUUUCCGCGGAUGUUACGUGGAAAAUGUCAAAGUUCUCAAAUGACCUAAUCUUUUGGCAGUUUAAUGCAGAUUUACCAAGGAGGGAAAGAAAGCUACGAUUGCGGCGCGCCGGCUCGUUAUAACCAGAAAGAAACAGAUAAAAACAUAUUUGUUGCACGUAUACGCGUUGUGUACAUUCAACUUUCAAGGACAAACUGUAUCACGUAUUUUCCAUUUCCGACAGACUCCUUAGUUUUCCCAUCGUAUCUGUUUUGGAAAUUUACAAAAUUCUACAAUAAAAAUUCCAAAUUUCCUCCAACGAAUAAGAAGGUCGAAAAGAGGAAAGAAAGUAAGACGUGGAAAAUUCAUUCAGUAGCUAAACUAAUCAUUGGAACGAGAACUCAUCAGUGUAAUAAAGAGCGAAACAACUGCACAAACAUUUCUUAA